AUGCUAAUAGCAGCUGCAGAUUUUGAAGGUGUUAGUAAGACAUCUGCUUGUGUAAUUGUAAAGCAAGUAACGGAAGCAAUAUGCACUUUACGAAACACAUACUUACAUGCUACAGAAAUGGAAUUACAGGAAUUUAAUAAAAAAUUUUAUAAUAUCGCACGAUUUCUGUAUGUACUAGGCGCAAUAGACUGUACCCAUAUCCGGAUCCAAUCACCAGGAGGAGAUCAAGCUUAUUAUAAAAAUCUAAAUGGAUAUUUUUCAUGGAAUGUUCAGACUGUGUGUGAUGCAACUUUUAAUAACUCUAGAUUAAAAGCUCGCUUAGUAGAAAGAGAAUUUGGUGCAAAUUCUGCUCUCCUGGGCGACAGUGUAUAUGGUAUUACACACCUCUAG